AUGUCCAGAGAGCGCGACUUCUCUGCAUUUGAAGCAAGCCGCUCAGAGAUCCAAAAGUCGCGUCAACGGGUAGCGAAGAUGGAAACUCGGGAAGGAAAUGGAUCUGUGGAAGUCAAGGACUAUAGAUGCGGGAAUUAUCCCGAUGACGAGGGUAUGAUACGGGCCCAUCUGAUCUUCGCUUGUCUCUUUUCCUUCGUCGUCGCAUUGUUCUUCGCCGAGUCAUACAAUCACCUUGCCGCUACACACGAAGGAUCACCAACCGCCCUCAUAUCACGGACCCUCCUGCAUCUCGAAUUACGCACCGUGCAUCAUUCAUCACCGCCGUACAUCCUUCCUUCUACAGCAGCACGCAUACACACGCUCUGGAAGUUCAGUCUCGUCCUCUCAGUGGCCGCCGUUAUCAUCGGGUGCAUGUCGCCUUUGCUUCGUCGAGCACAGCUCUGGGACUGUGAUGGCCAAUCCGACGUAACACCAGCUCUCAUCCACGAAUUAUGGCAAAAACGCUACAUCUCAGCCUCUCUCACAUGUAUUUCAGUCCUACUUCAGGCCGCUGUUCUUCUCUUCCUCGCAGGUCUAGCAGAAUUCACCGCCCCGCUCGGUGUUCCACGUUUGCUUUCGCUUUCGCUCGUUGGCGUCCUAUCAUUAUCCGUUCUGCUUUCCAACUUUGCCCUUCAUAUACUCUACUAG